AAAGCUGCUGUGAUUUCGAGAUGUCGAAGGGUUCGGUGGUUCUGGCGUACAGCGGUGGUCUGGACACGUCUUGUAUCCUGGUGUGGCUGAAGGAACAGGGCUAUGAUGUCAUCGCCUUCCUGGCCAAUAUUGGACAGCAUGAGGACUUCGACGCUGCGCGAGAGAAAGCAGAGAAACUCGGAGCCAAGAAGGUGUUCAUCGAGGACCUGCGCUCGGAGUUUGUGCAGGAGUUCAUCUGGCCCGCGCCGCAGGCCAAUGCUGUUUAUGAGGACCGCUAUCUGCUGGGUACAUCUAUCGCCCGGCCCUGCAUCGCCCGCAGACAGGUGCAGAUCGCCCGGAGAGAAGGAGCGCAGUAUGUUUCUCACGGAGCCACAGGAAAGGGGAAUGACCAGAUCCGCUUCGAGCUGACGUGCUACGCGCUGUAUCCUCACGUGCAGGUCAUCGCUCCGUGGAGGAUCCCAGAGUUUUACAGCCGCUUCCGAGGCAGAAAGGACCUGAUGGAGUACGCAGAGACACACGGUAUUCCUGUUCCCGUCACGCCGAGGGCUCCGUGGAGCAUGGAUGCAAAUCUCAUGCACAUCAGCUAUGAAUCUGGAAUUCUGGAGAAUCCGAAGAAUCACGCACCUUCAGAUCUCUACCAGAUGACCAAGAACCCAGAAGAUUCACCCAAUGAACCAGAUGUGCUGGAGAUUGACUUCGCUAAAGGUGUUCCAGUCAAAGUCACGCAUGUUAAAGAAGGAAAGUCCAGAGACACGGCGCUGGAGAUCUUCUGCUAUCUGAAUGAGAUCGGUGGAAAGCAUGGUGUGGGGAGAAUCGAUAUCGUGGAGAACCGCUUUAUUGGAAUGAAGUCCAGAGGUGUUCCAGUCAAAGUCACGCAUGUUAAAGAAGGAAAGUCCAGAGACACGGCGCUGGAGAUCUUCUGCUAUCUGAAUGAGAUCGGUGGAAAGCAUGGUGUGGGGAGAAUCGAUAUCGUGGAGAACCGCUUUAUUGGAAUGAAGUCCAGAGGGUUCUGGUACAGUCCGGAGUGUGAGUUCGUCCGUCACUGCAUUGAUAAAUCUCAGGAGAGCGUGGAGGGUCGUGUGCAGCUGUCUGUCUUUAAGGGUCAGGUGUAUAUCCUCGGCCGAGAGUCGCCCAAAUCACUCUACAACGAGGAGCUGGUCAGUAUGGAUGUGCAGGGCGACUACGACCCCUGCGACGCCUCUGGAUUCAUCAGGAUCAAUGCGGUCAGGCUGCGGGAACACAACCGUCUGCAGGGAGCCGUGCAGAAGAAGCUCUGAUGAUUUCUACUGAUUCAUGUGAUUCAAUCAACUGUUACUGUACAUGUAACUGUGACGUUACAGCCUGUUACUGAUGAAAUCUGAUUAAAACACCCAAAACACGCCAA